AUGCCACUUCAUCCCCAAGACGAAGUUCAAUCUCAAUCUCUCUCCGAUCCGCAAUCCUUUUGGGCAAAACAAGCCUCUCGUCUUCAUUGGCAUAAACCACCUACUCAGAUUCUGACUGAGAAGACUAAAUUUCUUAAAUCGGGUACUGAACAUAAACAUUGGGAAUGGUUUGAGGAUGGAGAGAUAAGUACUUGUUAUAAUUGUGUGGAUAGACAUGUAUUGGCGGGAAAUGGAGAUGAAACGGCAAUUAUUUGGGAUAGUCCUGUUACGAGAUGUAAGGAGAAGAUUAGCUAUAACCAGUUAUUGAGAGAGGUGGAGGUUUUUGCGGGGGUGUUGAGAGAGGAGGGGGUGGGGAAAGGGGAUGUUGUUUUGGUUUAUAUGCCCAUGAUCCCCGCAGCUCUUAUAGGUACCCUCGCAAUAUCUCGUCUCGGUGCCAUCCACACCGUUGUAUUUGGAGGAUUUGCUCCAGCAAGUCUAGCUCAACGAAUUGAUGCAUCCAAACCAGUAGCUGUCCUUACAGCCUCAUGUGGAAUCGACGGAGCGAAACCUCCUAUAUCCUAUCAACCCUUCAUCACCGAAGCCAUCGCUCUCUCAUCACAUAAACCUGACAAAACUAUUAUAUGGCAACGCGAACAAUUGCGAUGGGAAAACCCCAAUAAGGAAAACGGAGAGAGAAAUUGGCAAAGAUUGGUCAAAAGUGCUAGUUCUCGUGGUGUAAAAGCAGAUUGUGUACCGGUGAAAAGUACAGAUGGACUUUACAUAAUCUACACAUCUGGAACCACCGGUUUACCCAAAGGAGUAUUACGAGAAGCGGGCGGUCAUGCCGUCGGGUUGAAUCUAUCCAUCAGUUAUGUAUUCGGCAUCCAUGGACCUGGAGAUGUCAUGUUUUGCGCAUCGGAUAUUGGAUGGGUAGUUGGUCACUCGUAUAUUAUAUACGCACCACUCUUGGCCGGAGCAACGACGGUUCUCUUUGAGGGAAAACCGGUGGGAACACCCAAUGCGGGAACUUUUUGGAGAAUUCUUGAGGAAUAUAAAGUCAAUACUCUCUUUACAGCCCCAACAGCACUUCGGGCCAUCCGUCGCGACGAUCCGGAAAAUAAACUAUUUGGGGAAAUUGGGGAGAGAGGUGGAUUGAAAAAUCUCCGUGCUAUAUUUCUGGCUGGUGAAAGGAGUGAACCGAGUAUCGUCACCAUGUAUCAAGAACUUCUCGCAAAACACGCUGCACAAGGUUCUAACGUAAUUGACAACUGGUGGUCAUCCGAAUCAGGGAGUCCCAUGACCGGAAUUGCACUUUCGCCUCAAAGCGGAAUAUCUCAUACUUCCAGCCAUCAAACUAGCGCCAUCCUCCCCGUCAAACCAGGUAGCGCAGGGAAAGCUCUCCCGGGCUUUGAUGUUCGUGUUGUGGAUGAUUCUGGUAAUGAAGUACCACGUGGCACGAUGGGAAAUAUCGUGUUGGGGAUUCCGUUGGCUCCGACGGGGUUUAGAAGGUUGUGGAGGGAUGAUGAGAGGUUUUUUAGGGGGUAUUUGAUGAGGUUUGGGGGGAGGUGGAUUGAUACGGGGGAUGCGGGGAUGGUGGAUGAGGGGGGUUGGGUUAGUGUUAUGAGUCGGAGUGAUGAUAUUAUUAAUGUGGCGGCUCAUCGAUUUAGUACUGGCACAAUCGAACAAGCAAUCUCAACCCAUCCCCUCAUAACAGAAUGUUGCGUAGUAGGCAUCCCGGAUGCCCUGAAAGGCCAUAUGCCCUUUGCGUUCAUAACGCUUUCUACGCCAAUUCAUCCUACGUCGGCUAUUCCAGAUAAGGGGUUGGAGAGGGAAAUUCAGGGGUUGGUUAGGAAACAGAUUGGGGCGAUUGCUGGCAAAACUUUAAGAAGAGUAUUGAGGGAAUUGUUGGAAUGUGAAUAUAAUGUGGAUGGGGAUGGGAAUGGGGAUGCGGAUGGGGAUAAAGGAAAAGAGAUUAAUAUACCGGCAACGAUAGAAGAUGAGAGUGUAGUUGGGGUGGCGAGGGAGAAGAUUAGAGAGUAUUUUGUGGUUAAGAGGGGAGGAAACAUGAAGGAGAAGGAGGUUGUGAGGGCGAAAUUAUAG